AUGCCACGCAUCUUACAUUGGCUAUAUCGCCAAUGGUUGCUGUUUUACAAGAACGAAUCAUGUAAGAACAAAUCCCCCGCUACGCCGCGGCCAUCACGGUGGACUAUAUGUCUGCUGGCCCUGGCGCUGUACAAUGCCGUCAGCGUGCCGUUAUACAUAGCCUUUGAGUCUUGGAGAAAGCAGCGGCCUACCAUCUGCCUGGGUUGGGCCGUUUCCAUGACCUUCUGCUUGGAUAUUGUGGUGAACUUCAGGACCUCUUACAUGACGAGUCGAGGCGACAUUAUACGCACGCCGUACCUCAUUGCGCAGCAAUACCUUCGCGGCAUGUUCUUGCUAGAUCUCAUUUCAGCGUUACCACUAGACGAGAUCGUGGACAUCAUCGUGCAUGGCGACGGGCAUAAAAACCUUUACUGGCUCGGAGUGCUACGGCUUCCGCGCCUCGCCAUCUUGUUGGGUCAAGUAAACACAAUUAUCCCGGUGAAAUACUACAACUUUGUCAGUGUCGCCAAGCUCUUGAUGGUAAUGCUGCUGUUGACGCACUGGGCAGCUUGCGUGUGGUAUUACCUGUCUCAAGAAAUCCAGGCAGGGAACUUGCCAUGGAUCUUCACGGUGGAUUGCCGGUGUGACCGUGAUCGAGACAAGUACCUGUACGCCUUCUUCCGGAGCUUCCUCGUCAUGCUGGGAGACCGACCGCCAGCGCACAACAACGUGGAGCGUAUGUUUGUGCUCGUGCUGCUGUUCUUGGGAGCGUGUUUUUACGCCAUUGUUAUGGGUAGCAUGACCCUGCUCGUAAGCAGCAUGUGGAGCAUGGCCUCGCGCCACAAGCAUCGAGCCAUGAUGCUUCAAGACGCCUUAAGGUACAACGGCGCUGCCGCCAACAAUGAUAUGCGCUCCAGAGUAGAUGUUUACUUCAACUUUAUGGCCGAGCACGAUCAUCCAGGUAUGAACUUGCAUACAGACAGAAGCGCCAGAUCAGUUGACCAGCAGUAG